GCGCUGAGGGAAGGUGACGGUGCUGUUUUUUGAGGAAGGAAUAUCUCGCGCGGCUGCUGCUUCCUUUCAUUGUCGGCUCCGGUCGGCGCUUUUUUUGUCGUCUCGCCGCUGUCAUGAGUUACGACCGGGCCAUCACCGUUUUCUCCCCGGACGGGCACCUGUUUCAGGUCGAAUAUGCCCAGGAGGCCGUGAAGAAAGGCUCCACACAGGUUGGAGUACGAGGAAAAGAUAUUGUAGUUCUUGGCGUGGAGAAAAAAUCUGUAGCGAAACUUCAAGAUGAGAGAACUGUCCGAAAGAUCUGUGCCCUUGAUGACAAUGUCUGCAUGGCUUUUGCAGGUCUUACCGCAGAUGCCCGGAUAGUUAUAAAUAGGGCCCGAGUGGAAUGUCAAAGCCAUAGACUCACAGUGGAAGAUCCAGUCACUGUUGAAUAUAUUACCCGUUAUAUCGCUAGCCUGAAGCAGCGAUACACCCAGAGUAAUGGCCGCAGACCUUUUGGUAUUUCUGCCCUUAUUGUAGGGUUUGAUUUUGAUGGAACUCCAAGGCUAUAUCAGACUGACCCUUCUGGCACAUACCAUGCUUGGAAGGCUAAUGCAAUUGGCAGAGGAGCAAAAUCCGUGCGGGAAUUUCUGGAGAAAAACUAUACUGAUGAAGCCAUUGAAACUGAUGAUCUGACAAUUAAACUUGUUAUCAAAGCCCUUCUUGAAGUUGUACAGUCUGGUGGAAAAAAUAUUGAGCUGGCUGUUAUGAGAAGAAACCAACCUCUCAAGAUAUUGAGCCCUGAUGAAAUUGAAAAAUAUGUUUCUGAGAUUGAAAAAGAGAAAGAAGAGAAUGAGAAGAAGAAACAAAAGAAAACUACAACAUGAUGAAUGAGUUUCUUUAGUUUUGGUUUUUAAAUCAAUCAUGAGUCUGUAUAGAUAUGUAAGCAUUCUAUUUCCUUGUUCUCUGCCCCUUUUAAGAGGUCUACAAUAAACCACCUGUUUUUUUAAGCUUGUUACUAGAAGAGGCUCCAUUCUUAUAUGUAUAUGUAUAUAUAUAAGCCAGACUGCAAUAAUACCAGUUUUUCUAAACAAAAAUCGAAAAUGUUUUCAUAACUUGUUCAGGAACCCACAAUUUGACAUAGAAGAUACCUUUUAUUACUAAUUGUUCUAUUACUGUUUAUCACCACUGCUGCAUUGCUAAUGUUUGUUCCAGUUUAUUAAAAUACAUCAGGGAAAUGACUGACAAAGCCUAAAAUUGCUGAAACCUCACUCCAGCAUGAUGUGGAAAUGGUUCAUACUGAAGUUUUGCACUUAAAAUAUGAAAGAUAACAUGUAAACUUCUGAUCUCUGUUGAACGUUUGACAGUAGAUCUGUGUGUGAAUUGAUUUCUAACUGCAUGGCAGUAAAUUUCAAUAAAAUCAUUUUGGCAGGUAAUCGUAGAAAUUCUCAUACAGAUUCAGGAUGGGACCAUGGUUGUAAUGUCACCCUGAAAUUAUGAAAAUGUUACCGUCGUCUUGCUUCUUUGAAAAAUAUAUUGGUGUUGAGCCCUUUUCUUCCAAGCUAAUCUGGUUUUGUUCCUUUGUCAGUUCCAGGCAAUCAUCAAAGUCACAGGAGUUACAAUCCAAAACUUCAAAGAAUUGGCAAACAUACAUACCAAGUAUAUUUUGUGGGGAAAGGAUGCAGUAUGAUGAAAAGUAUUUGCAUAUAGAACAUUUGGAAAAUAGGGACUAUUAAGUUGAAUCAUUGGAAAAAGGGGAUUUUCUGUAACAGAGCAAAUAAGCAUUUCAACAAAUAAUGGGUUCCUGUUCCUUGAAUAAUGGGUCCUUUGUGAUUUUGCAGCCCAGAUAGAAUAAUGUAAGGUAGAAAACUAAGAUUCACAGGUCUGAACCACGCCCUAUGGCAGCGUACAUGUACUGGAGAAUACUUAUAAGCCUUUGAAAAGUAGUGUCAAGAUCCUGACUAACGAACCCAAGAAUAUCAGAACUUGGAUGCUGAGGUCUUCCUCAAAGAACUUCUUUAUUGGAUAUAUCAUAUCAGCAUGAUCAAAUGUAAGACCAACUCCAAAUGCUUCCCCGGUUUCAGUAUAAUUAAAAUAGGAAAUAAUUCCCUCCCCAAAAGUCACGUUGGCCAAUUAGGUUAAUUGGUGGCCUGUCCAGGCACUCCUUCCCAUCUCUAUCUACCAUCUGUAGAGAUUACCUUGAUUCCCAUGAGAAAGUUGUUUUUUGCCUAAUGCAUUCCAUCCUCCUUUUCCCUCCCCCCAUGUGGAACUGAGGAAUAGCAAAAUGGCUUCUGCCAGGUUCAAUUCGAAGUUGAUAAGUAGUGCACAAGUGCAAAAUUCACAAAGAUUCAAGAGAAUAGGAUAUAGUAAUUGUAAUGAAUGGAAAAGUACGGUAAUUUUCAAGUUCAGUAUAGGUGUUUCACAUGAUUUAAAAACAGAAGAAACUUGGCUUCUGAAGUGAUGGCAGGAUGCUUCCAUUACCAGUGAUACUUUCAGAGCAAGUAGUUUUAAAAGGAUAUAUUUCUAAUGGGUUUUCAUUCAUCAGUAUUAAUGCUUAACUGCCAAUUACCAAAUUCAAGGAAAUGUGCUCAUCCCAGUGUUGCUUUAUCUGGGCAGCCUAUUAAUCUCGAGCACUCAAAUGGCAUGUCAGCAAUAUUGUGCAAGCAAGAGGCUAUUGCUGUUACAAACAACACAGAUUCCCCUUGGAAGUAUCACAUGUAUAGCCAGGACUAGAAAGUUGGUAUAUUGUAGAACCAGUGUCAAUAAGAAUAGUCUACAUGGGGCAAAUGUUGACUUCUUUGCAAGGUGAAUUACUAUCUUCACAGAACAUCUAGGGAUGUGUAAAUCAUCCAACCUUGAAUUUAAAUUUGGCAAAAAAACCUGAGCUGCAUAAUCAAAUUUAGCUGUUUUAAAUAUUUAAUAAGUGGCAGAAAUCAAUGAAAAAAUAGAACUGUUCAGACUCGAUCUUGUCAUUUUUGCUCAAUUACAUGCAGGGGUGUGUGCUUUGCAAGGAUAUUUUUCCCUCUUAAGCAAUCAUUUUGCUCUUCAGAGUGUCCCUACAAACUGCAACAAUGUAUAGCAUGAGGUUAUGUUUUGUAAGACAUAAAUGUUAAGUAUUUAAAAAUACUAAACUGGUGGCUUCAGAUUGGUUUCUCUAAAAGGAAACCCAAUCCAUUUUUCAUCAUUGCUAAAAUUUUAUUUUCCAAACCUUUCAGCAUCUCUUAUCCAGGCAAAAGUAUUUACAUUUCAAAAUAGAAAUUUAAGGAGCAAGUCACUAGGCUCGCAGGAGAAAAUGUUGAAACUUCAGCAAUAAAGAACAAACUAAAUGAUAUGCGGUUAACAUAUUGUAUGAAAGUGCUUUUGAAGUAAGGAGACAAUGUGUGCAUGUGUAUGUGUUUUUUCUUAACUCAAGAAAUCAUGUAUCUAAUUCUGGGCAUCCUAAUUACAGCAUCUUCCUGUUUGCAAGCAUUAAGUCUUUUCAUUGAAAACUUUAAAAAAAAAACCCAAAAUCAGAACAGUUAAACAUUUACAUGUUUAUUUAUAAUUACAAUUUACAUGACUCCAUAAUGCGACCUCACCACAACGUGUCACUCUUUGCGAUGAAGGCCUACAAAAGAAACUAAAGCUUUACACCAACUUAAUGCAAGACCUAGGGGGGAGCCAUGGAAAUGGGGGUGGCGGGAUGCGGCCUCCACUAGGGAAGCGUUUCAACAGAAUAUUUCUACAAGGUAACAAAAGUGGCACAAACCUAUUACUAAAGGCUUUUUACCCAUUUCCAUGCAAGUGUAUAAUCCCUGUGUGCUCAUAUCCUCCACAACUAUUUUAAAAACACAAAAAAAAUGAACUAUUUAUAAAGUUGGGGGACGUGAAGAGCAACUGAAUUUUACUGAAUGAGCCCAAGCUUCAUUUAGAAGUUGCAUCUCGCAUUUUUGAGAGAAUGUGAAACUU